AUGACUUCGGCUACUUUGCGCGCGAUCACGCAUCGCUUAACAACGACCCCCGUGGAGCAAUUGCCCUCCAAAGCCUCCUUGCUUGCGACUUCAUUGAACGAUUGCGCCGCCCUCCUCUCGGCCCCGCAAGCUCAGAAAUCUGGAAAGUCCGAUAACGAAAAUGCUGUUCAAAUCCAUAAGUUGAAGACUAGAUUGGCUAGUCUGCUGCAGGAUCGCAGUAUCGAGGGAAGAUGGACAGCUGUGGUUUUGGUCAAAGCUGCGGUCGAAGCUGGUCAAUGGGAGAUCUUACGUGGAUAUGAGCCCAUCGUUCGCAGUUUGAUUGGAAUUCUAGCGAAACCCGAUCCCAUCUCCACGAGAAAGAUGUGUAUCAUUACUCUCACUCGGAUCUUCCACCUCACAUACCAGUACCCAACGCUUGUCCGAGAGAUUACGACCCCUCAACUUCCAGGAUUUAUCACUGCCGCUCUGAACUUGGUUUCCACCGCGACCAAGACCUCUUCGGGCUCAACCCGCAAGUCGAAGCCUAACACCCCGUUCAUGGAGAUCGUUUUGCACGCCUUGCUGGAAUUGAUCCCUAGACAUAUCACAAUCUUCCGACCAUUCAGCUCCCAGCUUCGAUCUCUUCUCCAGGAGGUGAUUGGAUCCUCAUCAGUGUAUUUCCCGAGUCAAGUCGUUCAAGCCGCGGAGCAAUUGCUUGUCUCUCUUCACAAGUGUGCACCGAAGGACCAGGCGACUACUGGGUGGAAAGACGAUUGCAAAUCAACGAUUCUUGCAAUUCAUCAAACGACUGACAAUGUAUACCGGGCCGUGGUGGAACAAUGGGAGUCAGUUGAUGGGAACUUGACUCACGCACGACCAAACUGUAGCCAAGAAAUAAGCAGUGAGGGUCCGGAUAGUCUUGGACUGCCAGCGUGGCAGGGACUGCACGCAGGUGUGGAUAGACUUGUCGCGCUUCUAGAGAUUCUGUCUGGGUUCCUAUCGACCCCAUCUGCUGCUGCCGUUGCUCUCCCCUUGGGCGCUAUCCUUGAUGUGACCUCUAGGCUUACAGCUGUGACCGUUCCCUUGAACGGCGAACCAUCCCAAUCCGGCAUCCAGUUCAACAAGGAAAUCAGCCGCGAUGAGCGGGAGGGACUUUGGAUGGAACUUCCUCGGAUCCACAUCGCCUGUAUGGGUUUGCUUUCUAACGUCGUUGGUGUAUUGGGAACCAGCGCCACUUCGGUCACACAGACCGUUCUGGAACAGGCAGUCUGGACCUUCAAGGGCGAGAACUUCAACACUGACCUUCGUUCUGCCGUCUACGGUUUACUUCGUUCCCUGGUGCCCUUGAACGGACCUGCAAUGGCGAAAGAAAGUGUGGUCUCUUUGACCAACGUUGUGCGUUCUUGUUGUCACGAUCUUCUCCCCCCGGUUGAAAGUUCAAACCAAGCAGCAAACCCUGGCUCCGAUCCCAAGGCAAAGCCAAAGGGUGGCUAUGGGGCAAACAACGCGGAUGCUUUCUUGAACAUCGAGUUGCAGAAGUCUCGUCAAACCCAAGUGUCUUCUCCGCUUUUGGAUCUGCAACAGAAUGCAUCCGGUCUUUUGCAGGCAAUCCUGGUUUCAAUCCCCGCCGAGCUUGUUCCGCCAUCCGUCAGAGCUGAAAUCGACCGCACCAUCAUCCUGACAACCGAUAAAGAGCCUAUGCUCGCAAGUGUUUUGAACCCGGUGCCCGCGGCAAAGGGCCGCGGCGCAGGCUCCAGUAUCAUCCCAUUCCUGGUCCGGCCUUACGCCGACCAGAUGGAAGUGGAGGCUCUGGUCCGCCCUAGAAUGCCUGUCUUGAUGACCGCCCCGGAGCUUGAUGCCUACAUUGAUGAAGACGAGGAGGAAGUGGAAGAUGAAGAAAUGGUCGAUGAUGCAUACAAGGCUGCCCCCAAAACCGCCGAUUUCUUGAAGCAGCCCGUCUCAAUGCCCAUUCAUGUGCCACAGGCGGAACAGCCCAAGGCCGCAGACCCAGUUCCCACCUUCCAGAAGAGAACAUACACCGAGGAGUCCACGACGCAGGAACCGGCACCCAAGAAACAGGAUGUUCAGGACAAGAAAACACGUUUCGAGGAGCUUGUUCCAACCGCCUCCACACCACAGCCAUUCUCUCAACCCGCUCCUUCAAUCACUCAAUCGGAGGCCCCUAAGGUGUCUGCCCCUGUCUCCACGACUUCUACCACUGUGACCACGCAGGUCACAGAGGAAGAAGAGGAUGACAGUGGUGAUGAAAUGCCCACCCUCAACGUCGACUCUGAUACCGACGAAGAGGAUGACGAUGUUACGAUGGACGGUUAA